AUUUCGAGCGGCGCCUGGCAGAUGCUGCUGUACGACGUCCCGCGGAGCCUCCUCGUGCUCAUGGCCUGCGUCGGCUUCCUCGUCAUCGCGACGACCACGUCCAAGUCGUCGCUAGACACAUGCCCGCGCCUCGCGCUCAUGGACGCAGCGCUGCCGAUCGACAUCGUGUGCCAGCAGUCGCGCGUCGAGCUCAACCUCUCGCUGGCACCGUCACCCGCCGCACCACCGCUCAAGAAGAAGAAGAAGAAGACCAAGGCGGUGCCAGACAAAGACCUCGCGUUCAAGCUCUUGCUCCUUGGCCUCUUUCUCAUGGUCGUGACCACGCUCUUUUAGCGCUUGCUGCAACGAGCAUAGAGGUAGGUAGUGCUGCAUGCUUCAUCCGAGCUGGAUCCUUAUUUAACGGCGACUCCCGUGAACGUUUGUCGGUGCGUUGCAUCCGAGUGGUGCUGUAUGGCUGGCGGCGAAGGCCCGUGAAGCCGCCUC